GUUCCUCUCAUUUUCCUUCGUCACUGCGUUCUGCGCGCGCGCUCCCGAGCCUCUCUUCCGCGGGCUCUUAUAGCGGCCGCCGCCGGAGCCCCGGAGGGAAUCGAGUGACCGAGCAGGCGAGCUAUUGAGCCGAGGCGUGGGCCGGCCGCUCGAAGACACCCGGACACCGACGCCGCGACAUGGGGGCCCAGCUGCUGUGGCUGCUGGCGGCCGUGCUGCUCUGCGCUCAGGCAGCCUCGGGAACCGCUGGCUUUAUAAAAUCACCACUAUCCAAAAAGAAAUUGGUGGAGGACAGUGUGGAAUUACACUGUGAGGCAAUUGGCAGCCCCAUCCCAGAGAUCCAGUGGUGGUUUGAAGGAAACGAACCUAAUGAGACCUACUCCCAGCUGUGGGAUGGUGCUCGGCAGGACCGCAUCAGAAUCCAUGCCACCUACAAUGAGCAUUCUACCAGUACUGUCUUCAUCUCUAACCUCACAAUCAGCGACUCUGGCACAUAUGAGUGUCGGGCCAGCAACGACCCUGACCGCAACCACUUGUCGAAGAGUCCCAAAGUCAAGUGGGUUCGUUCCCAGGCAAACGUAAUUGUCAUCGAACGAAGCAACGUUUGGACGGCUGUGGAUGUUACUGACCAAAAAACACUCCUGACCUGUACAUUGGACCAGACUUCAACUCAGAUUCAGGGUCAUCGUUGGCUUAAAGGUGGCAAGAUCUUGAAAGAGGAUACAUUGGAUAGUCACACCACAGUAUAUGAGGUUGAGUCAGAGGAUAAAUCUGGGGAGUAUCAGUGCGUUUUUCUUCCAGAACUUGCAGGAAAGGCUGAUGUACAAGUAAAAGGUCCUCCAAAGGUCGUGGUUGGCAAGAAGUCAGAACAUGGGAAUGAGGGAGACUUGAUAAUACUUACAUGUAAGAGUCAGUCAUAUCCCUCUAUUGAACACUGGAGUUGGUACAAACAAUAUGAGGCUGGAAAUAAUGUGAACAUUGUAAAUGGUAGUGAAGGGAGGUACUUCAUAACAGAGACCCCUGAGAGAACAGAGCUGCAGAUUCAAACAGCGGAUUUGGAGAAGGAUCCUGGCAAAUACGUCUGCAACGGCACCAACUCCGAGGGCUCCGAUACUGCUACGAUCACCUUGAAGGUCCGCAGCCGUCUGGCUGCUCUCUGGCCCUUCCUGGGUAUUGUGGCAGAGGUGCUGGUUCUUGUCACCAUCAUCUUCAUCUAUGAAAAGAGGAGAAAGCCUGAUGACCUCUCAGAAGCUGAACCCCCACGUGAUGAGGAUGGCGGGUCUGCACCACUGAAAAGCAGCGUGUCUCCAAAUGACAAAGAUAGACAAAACGUUCGUCAGAGAAAUGCCAACUGAGCAAAGGUGACUUCUGAUGAAGACCUCGCCUGGAUGGAUGUGUGUGUGUGUUUCUUUGCAAUGUAGCAUGGAGUAUAUUCCUAACGUACCUUGCAAAAUCCAAGUUGUCUUCACCAAAUUAUAGCAAACUAAGUUGUAAAUUCAAGUACUUUUAAAACUUGUUGGAGGGUGGUGUUUCGUUUUUUAAUGUUUUUAGUGUUUUUGUUUUGGGGUUUUUCCCCCGCUAUGUGUAAAUUUUUGUCCCUUGGCCACCAGUCAGUCUGGUCUCUGGCGUCAGUCCCUGGGGAUGUGGGGUAAUAGCUAUCACAAUCUGCGUGCCUGUCCUCUUCUGGAUUUCUCUACCCUCGUUCUGGGCAGUGAGUCACAGAAUUGGGGAGAGUGUUCUCUUGGCAGGAAGAGUCCUUUCUUUUUUUAGAGGCCCUCCUGCCAGUAAGGGAGAAGAUUCCAUAGUGGCUGGCCAUGUGUUCUAAAAGGGUAGAGUAUGUAAUAUUGUGUUGUAUGGGGAGAGUCCAGUGGGGCAGAAUAUAAUCUGCCUCUGCCCAACUAAUCAGAUGAGGUGGCUUUAAAAAAAUAUUGGUUCUGCUGACCUGCCUGUCUGAAGCAAUUGCUGUCUUGUCUUUUUAAAGAAAAACCAUAUUUAAAGCCACAAGUAUUAGUUGCCUUUCUUGGAGAUGUUCAAAUGACCUUUUCUGUGUGACAUGCUCUGACCUCAGUGGUUAAGAAUAAGUGAUGGGCAAGCAGCUACAAAGGCCCCCCUCUCAUAUUCCCUGAAUGUUCUUGCUGGCACUGCGCCCACACCCUGAAAGGUCCCUUGCUCCUUUGGUUCACAGUGUAACAUCUGACAUCCCUGCAGGGAAACCCACACCACCUGCUAAACAGAGAUUUGAGUUGUUAUGUUAAUCUUGAUGUUCCAAGCUUGCCAUUCAUGGCCUUUUCUUCCAAAAUGCUACCUUCCAGCUAGACCAUGUAAAAGAUGGAAUCUGAAAUCUAGCAAGGGUGAUUGUGGUAAUAAUUUAUUGCACAGACUUAUUUAGUAUCAUAAUAUCAUUGGCACAGCAGAGCCAACCACACAGUAGGUGGCAGGACUGUUGUAUUUUCUUAGGCUAGACAUGUGUACAACAGUUCUUUAUCUUUAUGUGCACAUAACAGGCAACAGUAAAAUCAAUUCCACUUGAAAUGUUGGCUCCUCACCCCCAUCUGCCCUAGGAAUCUGUGGGUGCAUAAAUACGUACGUGUGUGUGUGUGUGUGUGUGUGUGUGUGUGUGUGUGGUUUGUGCUGAUUGCCAGUGUUCCCCUAGUAUUUUGUGACACCCCUGCCUGUUAACAUUUCAUCAAUAAAGACAUCUUUUUCCAUUUUCCA